AUGGAUUCAUCAAAUGAUGGUAAAGUAGAAAUGUUUUUCUUGCCAUGGAUAGUGCAAAGAGGCCACAUGAUUCCAGCCAUAGACACAGCAAGGGUAUUUGCAGCUCAUGGAGCUAAAGUGACCAUAAUCACAACUCCAGCGCAUGCUCAGCUCUUCCAGAAAUCGAUCAAGAGAGACCAGUCAUUAGGUCAUGAAAUCAGCUUCCACACCUUCAAAUUACCCACCGCCGAGUUCGGCUUGCCUGAGGGAUGUGAGAAUCUCCUCGCCGGCUCGCUUGGCAUGAUGGAGAAGCUUUGCUUGGCCAUCCAGAAGCUUCAACAACCCAUCGAGCAAUUCAUCCGAGAACGAGAGGCCUCGCUCCUUGCCACUGCUGAACAGAACGCACCAGAAAUAGGGGGACCCACCAUCAGAACCGUUCUCAGUCACCAUAGACGCACUGUCACAGCCGCCGUGUCCAGCACCCAAAUCAAGCACGAACAGAACGCCUUCGUGAUCUCCGCAUCGCUGUCAGCUCUGAAUCGCAUUAGCCCCUUCGAAUCCAUUUUUACUUCCAACCACACCUGGGUCGUACAACCCAUGACCCGAUUCGAUUCCAAUCGAUCUGACUCGUCCAAUGGAGGAAUAUGA